CUGGAAAAUGUACAGCAAAAGAAAAUAUUUAAAGAGAACAAGAAAAGGACACAACAGAGAAAAGAGCCAUGUCCUGCUGAUUCAGUAGAGUCUCUGAUGGCAGAAAUGCCAUUUGUCGACACAGAUAUUGAAGAUGAAUUUGUUAUGCAUGCAAGCUCUGAAAUAAAUAUAAAAAAGAAAAGAAAGAGGACUACUGAAAGGGAAAUAGAAGAAGGCAGUGAGAGAAAGAAGAAAAAGAAAAAACAGUAUCAGCCGAAUUAUUUCAUUUCUCUUCCAAUUACUAAUCCAAAGAUCACUGGCAGUAUUCAGGCUGUCCAAGAUGCAAUAAGACAAAAGGAUCAAAGGCUUUCCAAAGCAAUGGUUCACUCUGGCUCGUUGCAUGUCACUAUGUUUGUGAUGCAUUUAUCCAAUGAAGAAGAAAUUAGCAUAGCAGUUGGUGCUCUUUCAGACAGCAAGGAUUUUGUAGAAGAUCUCCUGAAAGGAAAAACCGUGGAUUUGUCUUUUCAAGGAAUUGAUCACUUCAAAAAUGAAGUUGGAUUUGUGAAGUUGGCAGAAAAUGAUCAUGCAACUAUACUUACAGAAAUAGCAGAGACUAUGAAGAAGAUAUUUCAAGAAAAGGGCAUCUUGGCAGGAGAAGAAAGAGCUUUUAAACCACAUCUGACCUUCAUGAAGUUGUCAAAAUCAACACAGCUACGUAAGCAGAUCAUACAACAGUAUGAAAAACAAGAAAGGGGGAGUGGAUGA